AGAGAUAGAGUGUGACCGAUCUUCAAAGAUUUCCGGUUUGUUUUGGCUUGGUAAAGUUGGUAUAUUUUCUUACUUUACCAUUGUCUUUGAUACCGAACAGAUGUAAAUCUGUCAUGGUUUUCAGAUUUAUCACAGGAUCACGGCAAAGAUGACUUCAACAAGUACCGGUACGUGUAUGUUGAAGAAGCUAAGUGAAGAUGCACUCACUAAGGAACCUGAGGAGGUCUUUGAUCUCUUGGAGAAGCUUGGAGAAGGUUCCUAUGGCAGCGUGUUCAAGGCAAUACACAAGGAAUCUGGGCAGGUACUGGCCAUAAAACAGGUACCAGUGGAUACAGAUCUACAAGAGAUCAUCAAAGAGAUCUCAAUCAUGCAGCAAUGUGACAGCACAUAUGUUGUCAAGUACUAUGGAAGCUACUUCAAGAACACAGACCUCUGGAUUGUGAUGGAGUAUUGUGGAGCAGGUUCAGUGUCAGAUAUCAUGAGGAGAAGAAAUAAAACAUUAAAUGAAGCUGAAAUAGCAACCAUUCUCUACUCCACACUGAAAGGCUUAGAGUACCUCCACUUCAUGAGGAAGAUACACAGAGACAUUAAAGCAGGAAACAUACUCCUCAACAACGAGGGCAAUGCCAAACUAGCAGACUUUGGAGUUGCAGGACAGCUCACUGACACCAUGGCAAAGAGAAACACAGUGAUAGGAACACCAUUCUGGAUGGCACCUGAAGUCAUCCAGGAGAUUGGCUAUGAUUGCAAGGCUGAUAUCUGGUCAUUAGGUAUCACAGCAUUAGAGAUGGCUGAGGGAAAACCACCAUAUGCAGAGAUACACCCUAUGAGAGCAAUCUUCAUGAUCCCAACGAAGCCACCUCCUACGUUCAGAGAUCCAGAGAAGUGGUCCCAAGACUUCAUUGAUUUCACCUCCAAGUGCCUCAUAAAGAGCCCUGAAGACAGAGCUACAGCUACAGAUUUAUUACAGCAUCCAUUUGUAAGGGACGCUAAACCAGUAUCUAUUCUCAAUGCCAUCAUCAAUGAGGCCAAUUGUAUCAGAGAGAGAGAAAAGCUCAAGGAAGAUGACGAUGAUGAAGGAUCAGAUUUUGAAGAUGAUAUGUACACCAUUGUGGAGGAGGAGGAAGAUACAGAGGGUAGACUGGAUGAAGAUGAUGUUGACAGUGGAACGAUGGUCAGAGGGAGACCUCCUGUGAUGAAUGAAGAUGAUAGCGGUACUAUUAUCAUCAGUGGCUCAGCUGGUAAUACAGCUAAUACAUUCAUUGAACAUGAUGAUGUCACAGACAUAGACAGUGGGACUAUGAUAGAACACGGUACUAUGAUUGAUCAUGAUAGCGGGACCAUGAUAGAACAUGGGACAAUGAUCGAUCACGAUAGCGGCACGAUGGUUGAUCACGAUAGCGGUACGAUGAUCGAUCACGAUAGUGGGACGAUGGUCGACCACCACAGUGGAACAAUGAUCGAUCAUGAUAGUGGGACGAUGGUGGAUCAUGAUAGUGGGACAAUGAUUAAUCAUGGUAGCUUGAAUGAUCUAGAAUCCAACAUGGGUACCAUGGUUAUUAAUGAUGAUGAUGAUUCAGGCAAUGAUGGAACAAUGAAGAGGACAGAUACAGCCAAAGCAGAUGCAUACAAACCUCAAUACCUUGAACAUUAUGAGAGACAAGAAGAAGCUAAACAAGCCAAGAUAUCAUCUCCUGUUACACCUCCUAUCAAUCCAUCAAACGCACCCACGGUACCCUCUAAUGCCCCUAUGCACAUUGCCCCUGGCAACCAUCGGGUGAGUGCUCCUCCCCCUGCUAAUCAAGAAGCCCCGCCCCCAAAACCACCGCUAUUCCUCCAUCGGCCAUUCAGCGAGAUGGACUUUGAUUUUUUGAAGCAACUGUCAAUAGAUGAACUUCGUGAGAGAUUAACUUCCCUUGACCCCCAGAUGGAAGCAGAGAUAGAGGAGCUGAGGAAACGAUAUCAAGAGAAGAGAAGACCAAUCAUUGAAGCUAUGGAAGUCAAAAGGAAGAGAACACAACACUUUUAAUGAUCAGUCUUAUUCAUCUCAAAUUCUGUGUCAUAUUUGUUUGUUUCCUUUUUAUUUUACAAUCAAUGAUGUAUAAAUAGAUGGAGUCCCGACUGCUAGUUAACAAGCAACAGAGUUCAAACUUCAAAGGGUAUGUAAUUAAAUCAAUUACAUUUUUGCUCUUUGAUAAAAAAUGUUCUAAGCUGGCAAAUCAUAUUGAAUUUAAAUUGAUGAUUCAAUAGACAUAACAAACAAAACUGAUAGUCUUGAAUGCAGACUAAUGUUAAACCAGGCAGUUCAAUGUAAAGAACCAGGCUAGCCAGAAGAUACAUGAAAAGCUUUUAAGCAUUCAGAAAUCGGCUUAGAUAUUGAAUAAUAAGCUACGUUAAACAAAAACCACUUACUAUAGUAGUUAUUCGAUAGUAUUAGAUCAUGUCCUUCCCAAUACCAGUACACAAUGGAGUCAUCCAUGAAAACUCUUGGGAUAUUUUCUAAGAGUUAUCAUGGAUGACUUCAUCUUCGUCUAGCCGUAUUGUGAAGGACAUGAUCUAAUACUAUUGCAUACCUACUAUAGUGAGUAUGGGCAAUCAGGGUAUUCUAUCAGAAUUAAACCUAACUUUUGCAGACCGAAA